AUGCAUAUCGAUUCACGCGGAUGGCUCUCCGUGGCCGAAAUAGUCAUCUUCUCACCUUGCAUUCUUGUCUCCUUCAUCCUCUGCAGUCGACAUGGAUUCGGACGCAGUUCAGGAUGGUUUUACACCUUGCUUCUUUGCGUCGUGCGCGUGGUUGGAGCUGGAUGCCAACUGUAUACGUACCAUGAGCACUCAGCGGGGCUGUUGAAGACAACAAUCAUCCUCGACACUGUCGGUCUCUCACCACUCCUUCUGGCUGCCCUGGGUCUCCUGUCAAGACUUGUGGAUUCCAUCAACCGCAGUGGCAGAGGCUUGCUGGGCGUCCGCCAUUUUAGACUGCUUCAGACCGUCAUUGGCGUUGCUAUGAUCUUGUCCAUCAUCGGCGGCGUUAGUGCCAAGAGUGACGGAGCCAGCAUCAAACCCCCAACCAUGUCGAAGGUGGGCGCACUACUGUUCAUCCCUGGGUUCAUCGGCAUUCUCUUCUUCUGUGCCAGAGCUUGCACAAACACCUCCUAUGCUGAAACGGGAGAACGGCGCCUGGGCUUGGCCGUCGCCAUAGCCCUGCCGUUCAUCCUGGUCCGGCUGGCCUACACCGAGCUGACGACAUUUCUGCACAACAAGGACUUCAACUCCGUAGACGGGAAGCUACUUUUCACCGUCAUCUUGUCUGUGCUUCCUGAGCUUGUUGUGGUCCUCAACUUCCUGGUCGUUGGCUUCACUAUUCCGAUACUGGGGGCAGACCUGCAAGGACCCAUCCUUGGUCGCGGGCGAAAAGAGUCAAACAGACGAGGAGCAACAGCGGAGGAGCAGCAUUCCCUCUACCAAUAUCAAUAUCUCGCUCACGCCGAAAAUCCUAACCCAUCUGGGCGUUACUGA